AUGUCUAUCUCGACACCAAACCCUGAUGGACUCUACCCUAUAGUGGAGCUGAACUUCAAAGGUGUUUUUCUUAGAAAUCCUUUCUCGUAUAACCAUGGUAUCAAUUUCACUUUUAAUGAUCAUGAUUUUUCUGGAAUGACAUACGGUGAAUGUAUCACAUUUCUCGAACGGUUCAUGCAAGAAAUUAUAAAGAAGUUAUACUAUUGUGAACCAGGUAAGCCCUUAAUAUCUGGGAUAACUGCUAUUGCUAAUGAUGAAGACUAUGGUGGUUUCAUUUUUCAUGUAUAUAGGACAUAUGAAGAGGAGGAUGGAGAUGAUUCUAGCAUUGAUGGUGGUGAGAAUGAGGAAGAAAUUGAUAGCCUAACAGAUGUGGAUGUGGACUUUAAUAAGGACAUAGUCACUAUGAAUAGGACAAAGGGUGAUGAAUUUCUAAAUAGAUUAUGUGGUGAAGAUGAAGAGGGAAAUGAUAACAACAUAAAUGAUCAUGAUGGGCAUGAAGAGGAUGCCAAUGUAACUCAACAACAUUCCAUUUUUAAUGAGUUAGUUCCAUGGAAAAAGCAGAUCCCAAUACUUGGUAUGAGGUUCAAAGAUCCAUCUCAAUUAAAAUCGAUGUUAUGCAACUAUGUUGUUGCGAAUGGGUACCAACUUUGCUUUGAAAAAAAUGAUAGGAAAAGAUUGUUGGUUAAGUGUUGCAAGGGGAUCUGUAAAGGGGAGUUAUUAUGUGCUGUUGGAAGGGAUGCAAACAAUGGGAUUUAUCUUAUUGCAUGGGCGGUAGUAUGUGUGGAGAAUAAGGAAAGUUGGAGGUGGUUUUUGGAUUUACUCAUUGAUGACUUAGGACUUAAUUUAGGCUAUGGAUACUGUGUAAUAUCUGAUCAACACAAGAGCAUAGGUAGUGUGCCAAGCAUAUUAGCCAAAACCUUAGGAAAAGGUAUAAUGGUGCCCAAUAUGAAAGCAUUUUCUAGAAGGCAUGUAAAGCAACAACAAAGGAAGAAACCAAUUAUCACCAUGCUAGAGGAGUUGAGGAUGUAUAUGAUGGAGAGGGUGUUCAAGAAGAAAUGCAAGGGUCUAAGAUGGGGCAACAAAAUUUGUCCAACAAUUAGAGAAAUAGUGAAUGCCAUUAAGAAGAUUCUAAUACAUUACCAAGUCUUACCUAUUGGAUUAAAUCAAUUUGAAGUAAGAGGAACUACAGAUGCUUAUGAAGUGGAUCUUGAAGAAAGAACUUGCUCAUGCAGGUUAUGGCAGCUUAAUGGAAUCGGUUGUGUCCAUUCUGUUGCAGCUAUUAGUUUUAUGAAUAGGGAUGUAGAGUCAUAUGUGGACAAAAUGUUUAGUAGCAUCACUUAUAUGAAGGCAUACAAGCUUAGAGCUAUGCCUGGGAGACCUGCAACUAAAAGGAAAAGGGAUGCAACAGAAACCCCAAACCAGUCAAGUAAAAAAUUAAAGACAACUACCCAAACACAAAACAAAGGUAAGGAGCACGUGAAGGUAUCCAAGGGUGUAGGAGCAGUAAAUGAUGGAGGAGCAGUAACUCAUGGUGGAGAAGCAGUCAAUGAUGGAGGAGCAAUAAAUGAUGGUGCAAAAGCAGUCAAUGAGGUGCAUGUGCAAUAA